GCAGCGGCACGCCUCGGCGUCACUUCUCCGGUUCCGUUUGCAGAGACAGACACGCAUACGUAACGCGUAGCAUAUUCGACAACGAAUUUCAUCCGAGAAAAGUAAUAAAAAAAAAUAAUACGAUAAAACAAAUCGUCAAGAUGUCGAGCAAGACGAGUAAGAAGGCGGCCUCGUCUUCAACGAGUACCAGCAGUGCACAACCAUCGACCUCGACUCCCAUUGGGAUGCCAACGGCAUCACGACAUCAUCGGCCUGGAAGUCCAUUGAGCCCGACUAGAUAUUCUCGUCUCCAAGAGAAGCAAGAUUUGGCCAACUUGAAUGACCGGCUGGCUUGUUACAUCGACAAAGUGCGCUUCCUCGAGCAAGAGAAUUCGAGGCUUAAUCGUGAGGUUCACACGGUUGAGGAGACGCACAAGAGAGAGGUGAAUAAUGUGAAAUCCAUGUACGAACAUGAGCUCGGUGACGCUAGGAAAUUGCUCGAUGAGACCGCUAGAGAGAGGGCCAAACUGGAAAUUGAUACCAAAAGACUUUGGGAUGACAACGAGGACCUGAAGAACAAGCUCGAGAAGAAAUCCAAGGACCUGCAGAUCGCCGAGCGUAAUCUGCUGCUGUACGAGACGCGCUGCUCGGACCUGCAGUCCCAGUACAAUCAGUUGCAAGCCGAGCGCAAGAAGUUCACCGAGCGCGAGAGGGAGCUCGAGAAGGAAGUCGAGCGACUGACCGCUCUCCUCGACGACACGAGGAAGCACCUGGAGGAAGAGACGCUGCAGCGCAUCGACCUCGAGAACCACAUUCAGAGUCUCAAGGAGGACAUCUCCUUCAAGGAUCAAGUCUAUCAGUCCGAACUCACCGAGACUCGAACUAGACGUCAGGUGGAAAUCUCGGAGAUCGAUGGCCGCCUGGCCGAGCAAUACGAGGCCAAGCUCCAGCAGUCGCUGCAGGAAUUGCGCGACCAAUACGAGGCCCAGAUGCGCGCCAAUCGCGAGGAGAUUGAAAUGCUGUACGAGAAUAAAAUCAAAAACUUGACAUCGCACGCGGCGCGCAACAGCGGCGCAGCUACUUUGGCCGUCGAAGAACUUCGACAGAUACGUAUCAGAACAGAUGGACUCAAUCAGCGUAUCAGCGAGCUUGAGAACGCUAAUAAUACUCUUAAUGCUAAGAUUCGCGAACUGGAGAACAUGCGCGAAAACGAGCGAGCAAUACACGCUGAAAAUCUGGCUGGUCUGGAAGCCGAGCUGGCGAGAAUGCGCGACGAAAUGGCUCAACAACUUCAAGAGUAUCAAGAUCUUAUGGACAUCAGGGUCGCUCUCGAUCUUGAGAUUGCGGCUUACAGAAAGCUGCUGGAAUCCGAGGAAGCCAGGCUGAACAUCACACCAAUUCAAUCGCCAAGCGUGUCGAUCUCGGGUAGCCGAGCGACUCCAUCGCGUCAAACACCAGUGCGCGGUGGCAAGAGGAAACGUACUCUGUACGAGGAGUCGGAUGAACACAGUCAUUCGGACUUCACUACUGUUGCUUCGGCCAAAGGUGAUGUGGAAAUCGCCGAAGCUGAUCAAUCUGGACACUUUGUUAAACUCAAGAACAAAGGAGACAAAGAGGUAUCAUUGAGCGGCUGGCAAUUGAUUCGCAAAGCAGGAGCCUUGGAGACAGUAUUCAAGUUUCAUAGGACCGCUAAAGCCGAAGCUGGUACAAUUGUAACAGUUUGGUCGUCUGAUAGCGGUGCCACCCACGAGCCUCCAUCUAACAUCGUGAUGAAGGGACAAAAAUGGUUCGUCGGUGAUACUAUGACGACAACCUUGCUGAACAAUGAUGGCGAAGAAAUGGCAACUUCAGAAAGAAAAAGAGAGCAGUUGUCUUCAUCCGUGCAGAGACGACAGGAGAGUAUGUAUGGCAGAUUACCAGAGGAGCUUCAUCAUCAGCAGACAGUAGAAAAGAGAAGGUCUUUCUUCAACCUAUUUUAAAGUGCGACGGCACACAGCUCUGAUGGGCAAGUAAACGGCGAUCCUAAAGGUGAAGAACGUUGUCGUCUCAUGUGAAGUAAAUAAUUUAAGAAAACACUACAAUUUUUCCUAAAGUAAGCUUGCAAAAGUAAAAGCAUUUCUGUGCAACGUGAAUUCGUUUGAAAGUAGGACAUGAAUGUUGACAACUGACAUAGACGAAGAGGAAAAUUAGUAAUGCCGAUGAAUCUAAUUUCUGACCAAUAACGUUCAAAUGCCUUUUUUACAUAUUUUUUUCAAAAAUAAAUUUGUAUUUUGUCAUUUUUAAUCGAGUUUUAGUUGCAAUAUUGUCACAGUGAAUUUAUUCAAAGCAAAGUGAAACGCGUAAAAUCUCUAUUUCCGUUCGUUAUGUUUUUUGUCACAAUUAUCAUAUACAUGUAGCAACUAAGGGUAUUAUAUUAUUAAGUAUAUGCCUUGGCUCUAUCAUGUUGCCGCUAAAAUUAUGUUAUCAGUAUAUAUUAUCAUCGCAGCUUAAUAAUAAGUUUUGAAUAUUUACUACCUUUGACAACAGCCGUUAUUUCAUUUUGUAUACUCAUUAAUUUAAUACUUAAGUUUCACAUGAUUUAAAUUAACGAUCUAAGAUAUGUUUAUGACGAUUGACAUAAUCGUAAAAUGAAAAAUAAAUACGGACAAUUUGUAUGAAUACAACCGAAAAAGGCGUAAGAAAUGUGCAUUUAACUUACCACUCGCCUUAUAUACUAUAUAUAGGAGAAUAAAUACAAUAAUAAAUGCAUAAUGGAUCGUACUAUUUUGUACUAUGCUCGAUGCUAUAUUUUCAUCAUCAGAUAAAAUUAAAAGAAAAAGAGAGAUAAUGAUAUAUGAAUAGAAACAGACAUGAAGAAAAGUAUGAGGAUUAUUUCUCCAUUAUUAAUUAUUAGCUAUGUCUAUCUCGUUUAACUCGUUGAUAUGUGUGUGUUAACGGAAAAAAGUUCCCGACAAUUUAUUGAGUUAAUCGUUAACAUGCACAAUUUUAUCUUCCUCGUCUCAUCUUGCUUAUAUGAAUUAUAUCUGUAAUGAUUCAUACUGAUAAGGUGACUGUUUUUCUUAGUUUAGAUAGCAGUAUGUUUCACCUGCAGUUAUAUCUUUAGACGUUUUUAUAAUAAAAUCAAUGUCAUAUGCCUUUAUAUUCUUUUGGACGAACAUAUGUAAAGAGCACUACUAUUUUGUUAACAGCAAACUGUGUGUAAUAAAAAUUAUAUGAUUUUGACAAAAUACAUCCA